AUUAAAUCAACUUUAUAUUUUGAAACAGUUUUAGUGUUGAACAGAAAUAAAUAAAGAUGGUGCGUCUAACAAGGACGGACGCUGUCACUGUUCGUUGUUUCACUUGUGCUGGUAUCUGCGGAUGCGUUGGGAGACAUAGGAGGUUAUCGACGACACGAGAACCAGCGCCCUGUAUCACGCAUGAAACCUAAAAGACGUAUGAGUGGGGUUGACAGCGUUGAGGCUUGUGCCCAAGUAUGCCAAAGAUUGAGCUCCAUAAAAUGCACGAUGUUCGUCGUGCGUAAGCGAAACAUGAGGUGUUGGUUUUACGAUGACAGUACAACGAAGAGUCUAAGUUCUGACUUCGACGAGUUUAUAAGAGAUGCCGGUUUCACUAUAUUCACUAUGUUGCUGGACGGAGACGAGCCUGUCAGAGACACUACUCAAUGUAUCCAAGACGACGAUCCUUUGGGCGUCAAGUACAGAGGAACGAAAUCUAAGACACUAAGUGGAAUAAAAUGUCAGAGAUGGUCAAAGAAUUCACCUCACCGACCCACUUACAGGCCAAGUAAUGCGGGAAAGCAUAAGAAUUUCUGCAGAAACCCAGACAUGGACUCCGGUGGUAUCUGGUGUUACACAACCAAUAAGAAAAAAAGAUGGGAAUACUGUGAUGUGCCAAAAUGUUCAGAACUGCUGCCGAAGACAACUACUCCUCGAGCUGAAACCGAAUCCACGACAACUCCGGAGCCUGUACCAAAAGAAUGUUACAUUUGCAACGGAUACGGUUACGUUGGCAACUUGACUCAGACCAUAUCAGGAAAGACAUGCCAGCGAUGGGACGCAUCGCACCCACAUCAGCACUCCAAUCAUCCAAGUCAAAAGCCAGGUCGUAACCUGGAUUCUAAUUUCUGUCGCAAUCCUGAUGGUGACACGAAACCUUGGUGUUACACUACUGAUCCAAACACUAGGUGGGAGCAUUGCGACUUGGAAAGGUGCACCAACGCUGAUGGAUCUGUGUUAAUUCCUCUUCAAAGAAUCACAACAGAAUGUAUAAUUGGUGCAGGAGGAAACUAUCGAGGUACAAAACAAGUAACAAGAUCGGGUAAAACAUGCGCUCAAUGGACGAGUCAAUCUUUACACAAGCAUACGAAGACCCCUGAUCAAUACCCGUGCAGUGGUUUGGAAGAAAACUACUGCCGAAAUCCGAGUGCUAAUUUUGAUCAAGGGCCCUGGUGUUAUACAACCGAUCCAAGCACAAGAUGGGAAACCUGUGGCAUACCAGAGUGUGGGACGGAUGGUGGGCCUCCCCCGACAACAACAACGACUACCACGACAAGUACUGCACCAUCGACCUCAGUACCAGGAACAUGUGGAAGUCCAACGAUCGAGUCAACCUAUUAUACUCAAGGUUUUGCCAUCGUUGGUGGAAGACUCGUUGAAACAAGAAGACGAAAAAGAGGAACGGAGCAACAGGAAAGGAUCCUGGGAGGAGAUAUUGCAUAUCAUGGUAGCUGGCCAUGGUCUGCUAGUCUCCGCUAUUACGACGGUCAUUUCUGCGGAGGAACUCUGAUACAAACAACAUGGGUAUUGACGGCCUCACAUUGUUUGGAUGACAAUUCACCGCCUGAUCACAUGUCCGUUAAAAUUGGUCACAACAGGGGGUCCGAACCUCAAAUGCAAAUGAGAAAAGUUCUGCGAUACAUUCUACACGAAUCUUAUUCUAAGAGCAAAGUGAAAAACGACAUUGCACUAAUUCAAUUAAAAGUGCCAUUCCAGAUUACUGAUUACGUGCGCACGGCAUGUCUACCUCAACCUGACUAUGAAGUACCAGGAGAAAGUUUUUGCGUCGUAACUGGCUGGGGUAAUACAUACGAUCCGAAGUAUCAAAACGAUUUGAAGCAAGCAGUGUUGCAGGUUCACAGUUACGAAAAAUGCAUGCGGUAUAUGUCUUCCUUUCACAUGAAAGAUAAAACUCAAAUGUGUGCUGGGACAAGAGGAGCGGGUAUUGAUACAUGCCGAGGAGACAGCGGAGGGCCAUUGGUAUGUUUGAAUAGUGAUCGCUGGACUAUACAGGGAGUGACGUCAUGGGGAAGCGGAUGUGAAGACAAAAAAGGAAGCUACGGAUCGUACACUCGAGUCAGCAAAUACAUCGGAUGGAUUAAGAAAAAUAUGGAGAAGUACGGUUAAAUAUGGCAACCCUGGACGCUUUCACAGAUUUACCAUUUCUUUGAUAAAUCAGAAUUUACGUAUCACCACUUUUACUAAAAAAUUGAUAUCUUGGUAGAUAAAAAUAUGGGAAAGUAAAUAUAAGAAAACUGAUAUAAUCUCUCUCCACGAAAUAGCAAGUACAUUUGCGAUCUUUUGUUAGAUCAUAGUCUAACUUUUUCAGAUAAAACAAUUUAUGGCUUAAUAAACAGCAAUAAUUCAGAGUAAAUACAGUAGUCACAAACAAGUAUAAUAAAUAAACAUAAAAACCGUGAAUUCAUUCACAGAUUUGAGAGACUCUAGAUUUUACUACUUUUACUUUCCAACAUAUAUCCUAGCUGAUUUUUUUUGAAUAUUAUUACAUUCAUUUUUAAUACUUUCGAAUCUACUAAAUCUUUGGUAACCUUGAAGGGAUUGAAAGUUUCCCCGCUGAUUUAAUCGAGACCAAUUUCCACCUCUCAACAUUUAUAGGGUGUCCAUGAAGUUUUAAAAUUUGAAGUCAGUUCUCAAUAUAUCUCAACAAACUUUUUUGCUUUCAAAUCAGUAAUUGUUAAAAUAUUCAUACUUCAUUUAAUACAUCUGUGGGAUCUAAAACAAUAUAUAAUAUCGAUAAAUUCCUUUGCAAAAAAUUUCAAGACUGCAUAUGGAUACCCUAUAUAUUUCUCAGUAAAAAUAGGGAGCCGCACAGCUAUAUACAGCAGCCAUAGAAGUAUUUCGACACUGGGAAGACUUGAGGUUUUAUUACCCAAUAUAUAUUCAAGUUGAUAUUUUUCGAAUUCAACUACCUAAAUAAAUUAGAAAAUUCCAUUUCGGUUUGUCACGUUAAAUGAUCUUUUCUGUUUGAGACUUUAAGAAUUUUCUGGUAGCAUUCAUUUCUCCCUAUGAGGAAACUUAUGAAUCUUCGUUGUGAUUUUAUUAGCAACAUUUGUGUUAUAACCUCAUUUUAUUGAUUAAUUUUGUAGUAGUCAGAAUUUAUAGUAAUAAACUUUCAUACUU